CAAUAACGAGACAACACCUCCUGAAAGCAUACCUAGUAUGUAAUGUAUUAGGUAAAGAUAUAAGGAGAAGUCGGAAUAUGCAGCUAGAUGGAUUCUCCACCUUGUCUGCCUUAUAAACCUUAUAACCCUCCUCUUCUAUACAUCUUAAGCUCGUGUCGAGUGCCUCCAUGUAACUAGCCAUGUCUGUGUCUCAGCUUCAUAGAUUAUUACCUCUGCCCGAUGACGAGCUAAAGCAAGUCCUGGACUAUGCAACUAAACUAUCCAAGUCAGAGGCUGCCGAGCACUUUCGCAACCUUCUCGGCGAAUCUCCAGAGGCUAUCGACUUCAUAGCCACCUUCAAUUCGAAGAGGCAAGAUCCUAGAUCCUCCGCGCCAGCAUCUAACGUGCCCUCGUCGGGCAUUGAACCAGUGCCAAGACCUGUGAGAGCAACCAAGAAGCAAAAGGCUCAGUUGCACACACCCGUCGCACGGCAAGUCACCAAUCAAGGCCCCGCCCCUGGUGCGGCCUAUAGUAAAAACGUCGAAAGCGACUAUAUUCCGAGGCGCCCCAGUCUUGCUAUGACAUCUUUACGACCUAGUCCUCCAAAUAAGUAUACAUCUCAGUCAUCUCAGCAGCCUACAGCUUCUCUACCACCGAAACUGCCUCCCUUUGUUGCAGGCCAUCUAAUAUCUGAUAUCCCAAAGCCCAAGCUAAGAUCUACACCCACCUCACGUUCUACAACUCCUGCUUCUAAAACUAAAAUCCAUAUCUCUGGAGGUAUUGCUAUGCAUGGCGCAUCCACCGCGCUAGCCGACUUGGACGAUGCCAUUCGCGUCCUUGAGAUGACCACCAAUCCCGGUCAGGGAAUAGAUGACGCCGACAGACGUUGUAAUUGUGUGGCCUCUAGGCAUCCUCUCCUAGCUGCUGCCCCAAAUUGUUUGAGUUGUGGCAAGGUCAUUUGUGUGAAAGAGGGACUCGGCCCUUGCACAUUUUGCGGAACUCCGCUUCUCACUUCGACUGAAGUACAAUUGAUGAUUCGUGAACUACGAGAGGAGCGCGGGCGGGAGAGAAUGGCUGCCGAUAGGGAAGCCCACAAGAAAGCCGAAGUGUCGAAGAAGCCUGCCCCUUUCUCCAAGCCUAGAGAAAUCUCCAGCGAGAUUAGUGAAGCACAAGCGAAAGCCUUGGAGAAUAGAGACCGCCUGUUAGGGUUUCAGGCUCAGAAUGCGCGCCGGACAACUGUGAGAGACGAGGCCGCAGAUUUCGAUAUUAGUGGAGCAAUGGCAGGAGCCGGUAGCAACAUAUGGGCCACUCCCGAAGAAAGGGCUCGGGAAUUAAAACGUCAGCAAAAAGUACUAAGAGAGAUGGAGUGGGAUGCUCGCCCGGGCUACGAGAAACGACGGCAGGUUGUUAGCAUCGAUCUAGUUGGUGGCAAGGUAGUCAGAAAGAUGGCAGCGAUUGAGCGACCAGAAAGCCCGGAAGACAAGACAGAAGUCAGUAACGUUUCAGAAGAGACAAGUGCUGGCAGAGGAGGAGGUACUGGCGGUGCUUUCAGCAGGAAUCCCUUGUUGGGUCCACUCAUCCGGCCAGUCUUCGAUGCUAAGGGUAAGGGGGCGCUGUUGGAAGGCCGUGACCUGAGAGUGAUACGAUGGAGGAGAGUUCAGGAUGACCUAGACAACAAUGAGGCAGUCAUCCUCGAUGGUGGAGCCUAUGGAGGGCAUUCUAGUCAACAAACUAUCGCUAACGCUUCGGAGGAGCCUACAUGCGGUUGACACCUCGAGCCGGAAAAGAAAUCUAGGUGAUUGCGAGUAGGUUUAGCGAAGCUUAUUUAUAAACGAACGUUGAUUAUUUCCAUUGAUUUAGCUUCAACUCGGCCGACCACGACAGCACAUCCAAGUUUAGCUACUAUCCUUAAGAGGUCCGGGUUGUUGAGAUGGUGGGCAAUUAUUUCAUCACGGCCUCAUCAACUUAUUCCCGCCAACCUGAACCCCGCCCCUCCUCCGAAGUAUCUACGGGGCAAUAAUUCCAAGUACAUGCCUCCUAUUAUUCACAUCCGAAGCAAGCGCACGUAAGCCUAGCCUUCGGAUUCAACAGCCCCUGCCUGCUAUCGA